UUUGAACUAUAUUACCAAUACGUUAUUAAUGGGCUGUUGAAAGUGCACUUUGGUUUUCAGACUUUGAUACCUUUUUAUAAUUGCGUAUUAAUUCAUACUAAGAACAGGAUUAUUUAUUGUAUUAUAUAGCCUACUGUCUUUUUUCUUUUCUUUUUUAUACCAUAAAAUAAAUCCGUUUGGUUGUAAGGGCAAAGUCCUACGUUCUAAUCAGGCUUCCUGCUUUCCGUAGCUUGAGCCGGUUACGUUGGCAACAUGGCGUCCUCAGAUGUCCACGUCCGAAUAUGUGAACAAGAAAUACUCAAAUAUGACCUGGAAAUCAAAGCUCUCAUUCAGGACAUUAAUGAGUACACAGGCCCUCAAUGCAAGCUGACAGAACUGAACGCAGAAGUGAAAAAGAGUUUCCACAAUCUCAGGUUGCGGAUUCAGGAUUUUGAGCAGAUGGCUAUGGAGCAGGACAAAGAGUCAGACAAGCAAGCUCUGAUCAGUCAGGUGGAGGGACACAGAAAACAGAUGCUGAGUAACCAGACAGGUUGGAGGAAAGCCAACUUGGCCAGCAAGCUGUCCAUAGACAAUAUGGAAAAGCAGGCACUUCUUAGUGGAGCAGAUAGUGCUGUGAGGCAGAGGAAGAUGACCAAAGAGGGCGUGGCUCAGACAACCAGCGACAUUACAGAGAAUCUUAUGAGCAUCAGCCGGAUGAUGGCGCAGCAGGUUCAGCAGAGCGAGGAGACCAUGACGUCACUCGCAACCUCCUCAAGGACAAUCCAAGAGACCAACGAGGAAUUUCGGACCAUGACCGGGACCAUCCAGCUCGGGAGGAAACUCAUCACCAAGUACAACCGCAGAGAGCUCACUGACAAGCUGCUCAUCUUCCUGGCGCUCGGCCUCUUCCUCGCCACAGUGCUCUACAUCCUUAAGAAGAGACUGUUCCCCUUCCUCUAGACCAGGUACCUUUUUUUUUUUUUAGAGGAGCUCCUCCAUUACCACAUACAGCACUUUCCAUGGUCAGCGCAAAUGAUUUAAACAACCCUGACUGCUGCGUGUCAUAUUACACACACAUUACACACGAGUGUCUGCUCGGUGGAAUGUGGACCGCUCACUCUGCUGAACUGAGACGCUGCUCAGGCUGAAAUAUUGUCCACAAAGAGUGAAGAUAAACCCGCACACCUAUAGUUCCAGUGUUUUAUUUUUUGAAAAGGUUUUGGUUCAUCAUACAAAGGGAAUAAGUCAUUCUCCUGGAAAAGAAGCCGACGUGUCGGUGGAACAGAAUGUGUCAGACGUCCAUCUUUGGUUAGUGUAACAGUAAUGCUGUGCAUUGCUUCUAAAUGAAAUAAGUUGUGAGAGGAGAUGGACGACCCAUACUAAUCUUUGCUUUUGUACAUUCCUGUGGGCGAUAACCAGUACGAUUUUAGUUCCACAAGUGUAUAUAUAUAUACACUUAUCAAAGACGUACAGUUUAUACGUCUAAAUGUGCAUUUAUAUAUAUUUAUAUAAAUAUAUACAAAUGCAGAUUCUUAAAGUACAGAAAGUCAUUCUCAGACUCCUAAAAUAUUCUGUUUGCUUCAGAUGUUGCCAUUACUGCAGAUAAAGUGCUGACGAUUAAAAAGAAAAGUCUAAGGAACAUAAUGUAAACACAAUUUCAGUCAAAUCUGAUGAUCACAAAAAAGUGCCACCAUUCAUUUCAGUUCAAGCUUUUAUUGGCAUGCAUGUCAUUAAAAAAAGUUAUAGUAGUUUUCAAUACUUUUAAAUAGUAGUAUUAAAUGUCACAAUAUUAGGGACGUAUAUUGUGAUACAUAAAAUAUUAGGACUUUAAAAACAAAUAACAUGAAAGGGGCACAUAUCCUCAUUAACUGAUGUUUUAACCAAACUUUUAUUCAUCACCUGAUAUCAUAAAGUCACUGUGCAAAUGACAUACAAGCAUUUUGUUUAAUUGUUAUUUAUUAGUAUAUACUGUAUAAUUACUGUAAGUUGUAAGUUAUUACAGCAUUAUAAUGACUUAAUGCUGCUGUCACUCAGUUUGAUAAUGCAAACAGUGCUUGUACUUGUAUACGUGCUCUUCAAAUUGUCUCUAUGCUCUGUUCAUACAGCAUGAAAAAAAUAAAAUAAAAAUGUUAGCUUGGCUCUGGUCUGCAGAGGCUCUGGAGCAGAAAAGCUCAGAAAAGCAGUGGCAGUGAUCACACUGGCAGAGAUAGAGCAGCAUGCAUCCCUGCCUUUCUUCAGAUAAGACCCGGAAAAGAAGAUUAUUACAACCCGUUUCCCUCUCCCUUUCCACUGUGAGUGGAGGGUGAGGGGGGAUAUUUUUAGGUUUGUGUGGUGCUGUUAUCUGACGUUGCCUUUUCAACACCUCGGAGGAGAGGGUGGCCAGAGGAGCUACAUGACCUUGCUACCCUGUCUGCAAUCGCCUGGCAUUGCCAUUUUGUCUAAUAUAUGUUAAUGCUGUCAGUGUUAAUUAUCAAUAAACACAAAGUCUUCUGGCUUAAUGUUUGA